AUGCUUGGCUUCAGUGGCAUUGUCCAGCAAGAAGACUGGGCAAGAUUUGAGAGCUAUGCAUCCCGUGUUCGUCAAAUAGACGAAGAGGGUGAAAUUUCAAUUGAAAAUGUGGUCUUCAUUCGCACAGCGCAGUAUCUUCAAGGAAGGCCAAUGUUUCCAUCGUUGAUAUCAUUGUCGCUAUCCGAUUUUCCUAUCAUACUUCCACUUCUUGUUUCGCCAUCGCUACUCGCCAUCAAUAUACUUCAAGACAAUCCCUCCGGUUCACAGACAGCGCUAAUACAAAGCAUCUGCGAUGGAGCGCCUUCGCUGGAGUCCUUCGGAUUUUGCGGAAACCUCGAAGGAAAUUCCUUUAAACUUCUUUCGCAACUUCCAUACCUCCAUCACUUGUUCAUAAUUGGAGAUGUCAUUCCAGUUGACAGUAUCGCAUCAUUCAAAUCACUGACAGAAUUAUACCUUCAAACGAAAAUCUCAGAACCUUUCCACCACGGUCACCGCAAACCUUUCGGGUUGCAGGACCUUCGGAACCUCACAAUUGUUGCCCCACCGAAGUUUGUCAUCUUCAUGUUGAAGGCUUUCUCAGAAAGCCCUCUGCAAAAUCUGAAUUGCACCGUUACCCAGACCCAGAAUGGUGCCGUUACUUUGGCAGAGUGGACCGAUGCAAUCAGCAUUAUCUCGUCGUGGGCCAGCACCUUGUGUCGCGUCCGGCUCGGGUGCAUUCGCUCCACAACGACGAUAAUCGAGGGGUUUUCAUACCUACAAGAUCUCCUCAGCUGCCAUCAAUUGGAGAGAUUAGUCGUCAGAAAUAAUUUCACCACGCUGCUCUCUGAUGACGAUUUCACACGUCUCUCAGCUGCAUGGCCCAAUCUAGAAGAAUUGGUGUUGGAAGGGGACCUUCCAACGGUGCUCGACCCGUUAGCAACAAAGGCGUCGCUCAAUGUUAUCGCAAAAUGCCUUCCCAAAUUACGCGUUUUGGAUGUACCACUGAAUUUAGGUGGGAUAUCCCUAAGAGAACCGCGUCUCCUCGCUUCACACCAGCUAAAAUCAAUCAAUUUCGAACGCGUAUUCUAUGAUCAUGACCUUAUACCCCUCGCCCAUCUACUCGACGGUCUCUUUCCCUCCUUGGAAGUUGGGGACGAAUGUCAAACUGCGGCGAGUACCGAGCCAGAAGAAUCGAUACAAAUGUUGAAAAAUUUGUUGUUUCUCUGUCAGGAUGCUCGGGCAAACCGUUUGGAGAUGGUUGAAUGA